AUAACCAAAACACAAACAACCGUAACGGUGAAGCACUAGAGCAGAUUGUUUUAAAUGUCGGCGGCAUUAGGUACGAAACAUAUCGUUCCACUUUGACAUCAUAUCCCAAUACACUUCUUGGAACAAUGUUUGCUGAGCGGAACAAAGCUUUAUUACACCCAAUCAACGGAAAUGAGUAUUUUAUUGAUCGUAAUGGUUAUGCUUUUUAUUAUAUAUUGGAAUUUUAUCGAACAGGCAAGAUCUUUUGGCGUGAACACCAGCACUUACGAUUACCCAUCCAACGAUCAAAUGGAACCAUGCAAAUAGUGGGUCAUCAAAUCUCUCGUGAAGAACUUGAAGAAGAAUUGCAUUAUUUCCAACUUCCAAUAAACAGUAUAUGGUCUUCAUUGACUCAACGAGCAGCAGCUGCAAGACUCGAUUCGUUCAUUGCCGCGUUAAAAGAAGUAAUUUAUCAAGUCUUGGGAGAAUUAAAAUCAAAAGUUGAAAUCGACUUUAGACGAAACAAACAUCAACCUCAUGUGAAAAUUUACGGAAUUGAUACUGAUGCAGCAGUAAUAUUUCACGUUAUAAAUAAUAUUGUAAGACCUUUUGGAUCAGUUGGAUAUGCACUUUUAGAUAGAUUUGGUGCGGAAAUUGGCUGUCAUAUUCAACGCACAAUUCCUGAACUUCAUUGGGAACUUCACCAUGUCGACAACUAUAAUUGGUAUUGUGUUAAGAUGUCCACCACUGAAGAGUUUGAUUAUGAUAAAAUUAUUCAAAAUUCCUGUCUCGCUUCUCCUAUCUCUACUAAACCUUUGUCAGGUGGACAAAUUUGA